CCAACACCUGGUAUAUUCAACAAAGGAGAGUGACUCUUGACUGGAGAAAUGGACCUUGUUGCAUUGCUUGGAUACUUAGUUGGCCUAGCUGUUAUUGCUUUAAUUUCAAUAUGUGUGGGGCUCUACUUAACAAGUGAGACAUUCCCUGCAAUUGCCUCCCACAAAUCUGAGGAUUUCUUCAGUGAUCCCUCCAGCGGGAAGAAGCUGCCUUUCCCGUCCAUCACUGACAAGCCAAGCAAAUCCCUGACUGUUGUGGUACCGGCUUACAAUGAGGAAAAGAGAUUGCCUGUGAUGUUGGAGGAGAGUCUUGCGUACCUAGAGAAGAGGGCAAAGAAAGACAGUACCUUCACUUAUGAAAUAAUCAUUGUUGAUGACGGUAGUAAAGACAAAACUACUGAGGUUGCAAUGGGUUACAGCAAGAAGUUUGGCUGUGAGAAAGUUCGUGUUCUCACUCUGGCUUGGAAUAGAGGGAAAGGAGGAGCGGUGAGAAUGGGAAUGUUUCGGGGUCGAGGAAGGUUGUUGCUUUUUGCAGACGCUGAUGGGGCCACUACUUUCUCUGAGUAUGACCGAGUGGAGGAGGGCUUGAGGAAUAAAUGCAAAGAGGAAAGAGAGCUGAGUGAUGCACUGGGAGUGUCCUGUGGGUCCCGUGCUCACCUGGAGGAAGAAUCAGUGGCCACACGCUCAUUCUUCCGUACAGUGCUCAUGUACGGCUUCCAUGCCUUGGUGUGGCUGUUUGCUGUGCGGGGUGUGAGGGACACACAGUGUGGAUUUAAGCUGCUCACCAGGAGAGCUGCCCGUAUCCUUUUCAACAGCCUCCAUGUUGAAAGAUGGGCCUUUGAUGUUGAAAUGCUAUACUUGGCACAGUCUUUAAAGAUUCCCAUAGAUGAGGUGGCUGUAGAAUGGAAUGAAAUUGAAGGUACAAAGAUGACCCCUGUGCUGAGUUGGCUAGAAAUGGGGCUGGACUUGUUCACCAUCUGGCUUAGGUACACUCUUGGCGCUUGGAGGAUACGAGGAGACAUGAAGAAAUGAUUUUAGAUUUUAGGUGUACUAUUGCAAUGGUUGUUUCCUAGUGGAUGGGCAAGCAUAAGGGAGAGUGAAGUUGCAGGAGUUGUGAAGCUGAUGUUGUUAAUGUUGGAUUUGAUGAUUAUUUAGUUACAGAGGGACCACAAAAGUAGAAAUGGAAGAAUUUUGUUGAGUAAUCAGUGUUGCCCUCAAGUAUCUUGGAAACAGCUUUGAUCAAUGUAAGAUCAUUACUAUAAUGGGCCAGCUUUCAAGCACAGCAUAAAUUGUCACUGAUUAGACAAUGGCUCAGUCACCCUGUCUCCUGCUUAUCUCAGUUGCUGGGUUUUUCCACACUAAAAAUAUUAUUUUUUCCCUCAUCUUGUGCUCUGUAUUUGUUUUUUCCAUCAUUGAAUAGAUGAAUGAUAUACUACAGUGGAACCAGUUAUAACUCAAAAUUGCUUAGGUUGCCAUACUAUAAUUUCUGUUCUUGAAAAAGCUGUGCAUACAUAACCACAGUGUGUGUGUUAAUCACACAUCCCUUGUUCAUUGUACAUCCACACCAUAGUCCACAUCACUCCCCUGUGGAGCUAUCCCUUAUAAAGAACUGAGGCUUGAAACUUAUCAUAUCAGAUUUAUGCACUUAGUCCUGAACUAACUCAUCUUGAAGUUUUUCUUUUACACACAAACUGCAGUUGUAAAAAAAAAAAAAAAAAAAAAUCAUCUGGUGUCUGGAACAUUAAUUAAUUUUCAUUUACUGCCAUGGUUAAAUAUUUUCAGUUUCUGAACAUUUAUAAUUCUAUACUGCAUCCAGGAAUUAAUUUAGAGAACUGAGAUUCCACUAUCAUACAAAGUUAAAUUGCCCCAAAAAAAACUGAGAAUGUAAUUUUAAGUCAUGGGUGGAGUUGAAAGUGCUUAUACUUAUGAAUAAUUUUAAUAAUAGUUGUAUAUGAAAAAAGAAGGCUCUUCUAGACAAGGGUGGCAGUGGUCUAGUGGAUAAGAUGGUGAGCAUGGGAUUGAGCAGAUGUUCACAUGUAGGUUUGAAUCCCACCACAUACUACCAUGAAACUUUGCCAUUUGUUGUGAGGUUUAAAGGUACCUACAUAUCACCGUGAUACCCAGGCUCUAGGUGAUUACACCAAUUACACCAAAAGUGUGCUUGAGUGGUGAUAUGGGCCCUAAUAUGGGUACCAUUAUUUAAAUUGCCUGCACCACUGAUGUUUGGAAGCUGAAAGUGCUUCCUAUACAUGCUCUUUAAGUAUACAUACAGACAUGAUAGGCCAUAAAAAAAAAAAAAAAAAAAAAUAGAUAAGGAUAUAAAGAGUGGUAAGCAGCAUCCCAGGUUAUUACUGCAAGAUGAUGAUGAUAGCAUCUGUCUGCAUGUGAUUAUGAUUCAUUCAUUAUUUUGGUGUCGUCUUACACCUACAGCUUGGGAUGAAAAGUUGCUUGGCACUCUUUUUAUGCUUACUUAAAUAGUUUUACCACAUUUACUGUGGUAUUUUAUUACAAUUCCAUGAAAGCAGCAUUGACAUCACAAUGUUAUAGGGUGCAACAUAAGUUUUUGCAAAUACUGCUAGUGGUAAAAGUACAAUCUAUUUUAACCUGUCCCCUGCAGAUGACAACACAGUAAAAUACCGAAAACUGUGGGCGACGCACGUUAUGUGUCGACAAAUUAAAAUAUUCAUAGAAUAUUCCCAAUGCAUUAACCAAGUGCUCAAAUUUUGACAGAGUCAUCCCAAAGGAUGCCCAUGCUUUAGUGCAUGCCCUUGGGGUAUGGCUUGCCUCAUGACUCACCACUGCUCAUCACAGUGGGUAUAGAAAAGGCUUGGCUCAGACACAUUUAGGCUGAUAUCACAAAUUUUUUUUACAUUUACAACAGGUACUUAGAACCCAUUUUUCUUUGGUGUUGGACCACAAGGAUUCCAUUUUCAUAAUAAAAAGAAUUAGCUCAAACCCAGCCACAGCAAUGGUACAGUGACAGUGAAUACUUUAAUGUAUUGCAUGAUAUUCCACACACACGCCCGGUAGCUCAGUGGUUAGAGCGCUGGCUUCACAAGCCAGAGGACCGGGGUGGAGAUAUUUGGGUGUCUCCUUUCACGUGUAGCCCCUGUUCACCUAGCAGUACGGGAUGUAAAUCGAGGAGUUGUGACCUUGUUCUCCCGGUGUGUGGUGUGUGCCUGGUCUCAGGCUUAUCCGAAGAUCAGAAAUAAUGAGCUCUGAGCUCGUUCCGUAGGGUAACGUCUAGCUGUCUCGUCAGAGACUGCAGCAGAUCAAACAGUGAAACAGUGAAACACAGUAGUAAGCUGGAGUAUGCUGACAGUCACCCAGUCCAACUAUUGUAUCCAUCUCCCUGCCACAUUGAAAUUUCAUUCCACGGCUAAACAAACAACAAAUGUACAGAAAAUUUUCUACUUAGAAUAUUACUAGAGGUGAAAGUACAAUUGUACUUUAACCUCUAGUAAUAUCCAUAAAACUCAUGUUACACCCCAUGCAUAAACACUUAAAACUGUCUUGUGACUCAAAUUGCAUGAUGUCUAUUGGAGAAACCAAGUAUUACACAAAAUAAUGAGGAAGACAGUUAAUGUGGAGAGGCCAUCAUUUGAGAUGACUAGGAGACAAGUUGUUGCAGGAGUGAAGGAAUGUGCAGAGCUGAAAGUUUGCCAAAAAAAGUAUUGUGCUUGAGGAAUGUGCAGAGCUGAAAGUUUGCCAAAAAAAGUAUUGUGCUUGAGGACUCCAGUUGAGUUGUGUUAGUCAUGAUUUUGCAGGCAGCAUUCACAGCUGUGUCAUGCAGGCAUAGUAAAUAAAGAAUUUGUCCAGAUCUCAAGAAUCUAGCCUUGUCAGGAUUUCAAAAAUGAGUAAAAUAAAGAAAUUUAAAAAAUGGUUAGACUCUACAUGACAGGUACAUUUCUCCACAAGAAAGUCAAUGAGAAAUGAGUGAAUGGGAAGGAGGCCCCUUCACAUCAAGGACGAAUGGAGGAAGCACUAUAGGUAGAGAUGGAUUUAAUGUAAUGAUAACAUUACUUUUGCUAAAACACUAAUGGAACAGCAGAUCAUGCAUGGGUGUGCUCCCUUAGGAUUUGAUGGCAGGUCAUGCAGUGUGUUUUUUCAGCCUCACACUAUCUGCAAUUAAUUGUUGGUACAGUAACAAGGAAAGGAAGCUAAGUAAGUUCAACACAUAAUGAGAUAAAACACUUGAUUUCAUUUACUGGAUACUUGAGAGCAGCAACUGAGUGAUCUUGUCUAAAGUUAUAUAUCCACUAGUGUUUCAUUCCUAAUAUGAUUUUUUUUUUUUUUUAACUCCUAACAAAAAGAAUCCAGUUUGAAGCAGUUCAUUCUUGCUUUGCAUAAAACUGACCUUUAAACUUCUUUUAUUAAAAUAUUGUGCACAUAUUGUGUCUAACACAAAUUUUUAGGAUAAGCCAUUGUUACUGAACAGAGUUCUGCAUUAAUGGAUGCAGAGAGAUGUCAACUUCCAUUACAUUUUCAGUUGCAUUGAAUUUUUCAGCUCAGCAUUUUACCCACUUUAGAAUUUAAAUGACCAUCCAACUCAAAAUGUGUAAAGUUGUACAGAGGUUAGUUUUAUCAAUGAUGAAGUAUAAUGCUGGUUUUUAACUCUGCAAGCCUUUCAUGUGCCUUAUUGUAAAUGCAUGGGUGAUAAUUUGUUCUAAAUCCUAUGGCAAUUAGACCAACCACUCAGCUGUAUUGUUGAUCCUGAGGGUAUUAAUAGAGGAGAGUCCUGGAGAUUUGGGUAUUUAAUGUAAGUUUGCUAAAUCAAAGUAAAAUUAGAAUGUUAUCACUUAUAAAAGAUAGUAAGGGGCUAUGAGUAAUAAACAUGCUGUGGAUCUGUUAGGAAAGAAGAGAAAAUGUAUUGUUUAUAAAUGGUGAGUGAGUAAAUGUGGUUUGUAAAUGUUAGCAAGUGAGUUAAGAUAGGUAUAAUUAACCUACAAUGUGGAGAAUUGUGUACUAGACUUUGUUAUCCAAGGGAGAGCUUAGUCCCACAGUGUUGUGUGUGGGACUGAGUGUCAAUUAGUAUCCAAAGUUAGCUUAAAAUUUGAAGCGCUCUCUACUGUAUACAGAGUGUAUUUACAUAACACUAGUUUCUGCAGAUACUGCAAGAAGCAAAAUAAAGUUAUUCUAAGUAGAAAAUGUUCUCUACACAUAUGCAUUUUGAAGAUUUGUUCAGUUCUGGGGUGAAUUUCAAGCAAGACAUGGUGACACAUACAACCAGAACUGUGGGUUGCAGCACUGAAUUGUGACAUUGCCACAUCAUGAAUUUCUAAAUUGUAAAGUUGAAAGCCACAAACUUUCUCUGAAAGUCAGAUUAAGCAAAGUUGCACCAGCAACUUUCUGCAAUUUUUGCCAUGACUUUGAACAAGAACAAAAAUGACUUUUUUAUUUAAAGAAAUUGCUGUGGCCAUUUUCAGCCAGUUUUAAAAGCCAAUUUGGCUGAAAAAUGUCAAAUUUGAGUUGGUAACAGCUAACUUUAUUUUUAUCUGGUUUGCAAUGUUAUGCUGGGCUCGAGGUGAUGGGUGGUGAGGGUGUGGCACAAAUGUGGGUAGAGGGAGAUGGGAUAGUACUGAUGGGUGACAGGCUUGUGGUCUUAUAAUGGUGACUGUUGCUGGUCAUGCCUUUGGGCAUGGUGACAUGGCCCACCUUCACCCUGCAAAGCUGUCCAAGGCACUAUUCUGUAUAGGCCCCACUACUUGCCUCAUGGGAUGAGGAAACAAUGUUGUUGACAACAGCUGUGGCAAGUGUUUGACACAUGUAGGGCAAUAGUAAGGCUUUACUUGUGCAAUUGCCAACAGUUGGGGUGAUGGCCAAGGAAGGCUGCUGGAGGCAGAAGGCCAUUAUGUAAAAAACAUUACUGUAUCUCAUAUUUGCCUUAUAAAAAGCAUGACUGCUUUACCAUCCUUGUAGUCCCUGUCUAUUUACUAUCAAUUUAAUUUGUUUGGCGACUGACACCCCAGUGGGCUUUUUCUUUUAAUCAAUUUUUUUUGUUGCCCUUGGCCAGUCCCCCAAGUAGGCAAAGUGUCACAGAGCCUGUUAUUCUAUUUGUUGAUUAAUUACUGCAAUACUAACAUUGUGUAAUGUUUAUUGGUAAAUCACCUGUUCACUCAUUAAUACUACUAUUCUCAUUACAGGGUACUGUAAUACUCCAAACCUGUAGAAAUGAUGACUGAAUAACUCCUAAUUUUACUUUUGAACAAUGCACAUCAACACAGUCAUCACCAUUUCAACAAGUUUGGAGUAUUACUGUAACCUGUAAUGAGAAGAAGAAUUGUGAUGAAUAGGUGAUUUACCAAUAAACAUUACAAUGUUAGAAUUAGAAUGGCUAUAAUGAACAAAAAAUGGAAUAAUAGGCUACAAUGCCAGGCAGGGAGAUGGUGAGGGUAGCAGUUAUUUGAAGUUUCACACCAAGAUGGUGGCACUAAAUGCGGUCAUAUACUGCAUGAUUAAAAAUGUCACACUUAACAGUAAGGUGGAGUAUGCUGACAAGCUGUUUCUAUGACAUAAAACAGCUGCCUAGCCCAGCUGUUGUAUCCGUCACCCAGCCACAUGAAUUUCACCUCAUGUGUAAACAAAGCCACCCAUGUGUAUGGAAUAUUUUUUACUAAGAAUAGCUUGUACUUUCACCUCUAGAGUAUCCAAAGGAAACCUCAUGUUUUAUACCCUAUAUAUAAUAUCUUGCAUGCCUCUGAUACUAAAGAAUAUGAAAGGUUUGUUUUCUUUUGCUCUUUUUCAAUGGAGCCAAAACCAAUGCAAGAUUGUUUAGGAGAACUGCUGUAAGACUAGCAAUUUAAGAUACAAUACAUAGUCAAAGCCAA